GGGUCACUGGGCAACGCGUCCGUGAGUCUAUCAAAUGGUGAAGCGUGAUUGUGGAAAAAGCGUGUCCCGGAACAAAUACGGAAUACGAAAAUAGCAGUUAGCAUUGUAGCAUCCAGCAUUUUCCACUUUCUGUUGCCUUUUUAUGCAAUAAACAAACGUUUUAAACCACGGAAAAUAAAGCAGCUCGUCUCGGGACUAAAGCUGCCGAUACUCGCUUCAACAGCUCCGCUUCUAGUGGUGUUGCAGUAAGAGAGAGGAUUCGUCUAAGAAGCAUUUUAUCCUUCGGCACAAUCGCCUUACUAGCCUGCACAGACCUAUCAGCAGUGUUUGUGUGACUGUAUAUCAUGAUGCCUGAAGACAAAAGCUGUAAGCUGCUGCAGCCAUCCAGGAGCUCUGGCAAUAAAAAGAAGAAGAAGAAGAGAAAGAAAGCCAAGGCUUCCACUACUCCUCCAGAUAAUACAAACAAACCUCAGGUUGUAUCUUUGCCCCCUGAGACCUUGCCAGUGUCCCUGCUGCCCCCACUGAGUCCAGGUCAGCCUCGAGCCCAGUUGCCCAACCUCAGAGCUACCAGUAAGAAGGACGGCGAUCGGCUCACUGGCAGCGCCAGGAAGAGCAAAAAACACCCCAAGGGUUCCCCGGCCCUGCUUACAGCUACUAACAAAACCAGUGGCAGUGGAGAGCUCGGCGCCCAGGCCAGGGAGAGCCUGAGGUGGGAGGGAGUGCUGGACGACCCCCAGGCUGAGGAGAAGAGGCUGGAGCUGUACAGGGCCAACAGGCGGCAGCGUUACAUUGCACACAGAGACGCUCUGUUAAAAGAACCCCAGGGUGCCUUGAGACCGACUUUUCCUUAAGGAGAGCAAUGAGAAAAAGGCUUUGACUUAAUCUGACCCACAGGAGUCAGUACUGCAUUUGAGCACAGACUGAAUUAAAGAAGCAGGUAAGAGCCUUAUGUGGUUCAUCUCAGUAAGGCACAGAGUGAAGAUCUUUGGGUGCCGUUGAGACGUUGGACUAAAGAGAAACUGAGCAUGUUGCCAAUUCAGUACCCUUUAAAGCACCAGAUAGAAAUACUUUCUGUCAGGUACAAAACAAACACGUAACCACAGUGCCACGGCUGUCCGUGAACGAAGGACAGGACCUGCUCCUGGUCAAUGGGCCUGUUAUAAACUUAAUAUAGGAUUUGCACAGUUUAACUUCUGCAUCUAAAUUAUGCACCACUUACAGAAAAGACCCAAAGUUGACCUUUCAAGAUUGAAACCCAAUCAGGAUAAUACCACUAAACCCCCCUCACAUGUGGGUGAGGUAGAGGAGGGUUAAAUUGAUAGGGGUCACAUUACUUUUUUUCCUGCUACAUUGUAAGAACUUUAAAAUACAGGUUAGCAGUUGUUUUUUGUUUUUGUUUUUUUGUUACAAAAAUACCCAGAAAACCACCAAGUGGUUGUGGAGUUAUCUAACUAAAAAUCUAAAUGUGACUGCUGUAACAAUGUGUUACUAUGCUAUCACACUGUCUAAUAAAGCUCAGUCUGUUAAGCAUGGUGGCUGACCUUCUUUA